CAAGUCCCUCCCCAGCCUCAUCCAGCUCUGUUCUCGCAAUCAUGCAGUUCAAUGAGAGGAGCUCGCCGCUACCGGGUGGAGCUCUGGAGCCCUGCAGGUGAGAGGGUACCCAGCUCAGUCCCAUCCUGCCUGGACCCCCUCCAAAAGAUGGAGUACGAGGGCUUUUUGGGUUCAGAAGAGCUGGAUGAUGAUGUGUUUUAUCCAGAUGAUGUUGGAUUUCCAAUUCAGCCGAUAACACCGCCUUCUGGAUUCACUCAAAGCCAGUCCUAUACCUGCCUUCUCGGAAGGUUCCCAAUGUUUCCGCUUUCUCACUGCUGCGGCCCGGGCUGUAGAAGCACAGACUAUGAAGACAAGGCCACUCAGACUCUUGGGUCAUCAUCGGUUAGCAGUGACAUCAUGUUACCGUGUGGGGUCACAGAAUCCCCCCAGAGACUCUUCUAUGGGAACGCAGGGUACUUGUUACACCACCCUGCAAACUCCGUUACCCCUGGAGAGAACUUGGACUACAGGAGGCAAGAGCAGAGCGCAGAACGCAGGAUUGCCCGCAGACUGCAAUGCAUCGGAGAUCAGUUUCACAGACUUCAUUUACAGAAGCUCCAGCAGAACAGAAACCAAGCUUGGUCCCAGAUUUUCAUCUUUUUCCGCAAUCUGGUAAUACAUACUGGGAGAAACAGGGGCGAGCCGAUUCAUCGAUGAAAAUGAAACUCCAACCUGCCAACCACUGAAUGACUGUGAACGGUUCACAGGAUAAAACUAAAGAGCUACUGUACCUACCCAAGCCUAAUCGUAUAAUAUGGACGUUAGGAUGUCUUCAGGGAACUUUGGUCAAACACUGUUGAGUAUCCGGCUUGCACAGAAACAAUAUCGUCUUCUGCAUUGUAAAUGUAAUAUCGAUUUAAAACAAGCGCAGUUGUAAAAUGAAGAAAAAGUCAAUCAAAUGACCCCGAUUUGUGUCUUAAAGGGCCUCUCCAUUUUUGUUUCUUUUCAAGUUUUAAAGAGCGCAAAAAAAAAAAAAUUCAAUUAGAGUUUGAUCUCCAACCGAUAGAUUAAUCGUUGUACAUAUUUUUGUACAUAUUGUUAAAGAGGUAAGAUGUACAUAUUGCAAAUCUAUGCUUGUUGUUUUUUUUUUUUAUGACUAACUUGCAAACAUUUUCUUUACCAAUAAAUGGGUUUAUUCAUUAAAACAAGCGAGAGCCAGACUAGGACCAAACAUUUUAUAGCACCGGCUGAUGUGUGCGUUCCUCUUGACAUGGGAAUUUACAAACUUUCUCAAGUUCAGCUUUUGAGCCCCCAUUGAAGAUAAAAAUCAAAAUGUACUUAUGAAAAACUAAAGUUAAUUGGCGAAUAAGUAAUUAACCAAGUGUCGUAACCGGAGUACACAUGGGAUGAAUCCAUCCCUUUCUCAAUUUGAAGUAUAUAGCUUGAUUUUCUAAAACUUUCAAAGUUUAAUGAAUAAACCUGUAUAAUUCGGUAAAAAAAUAUCGUUUAUUUCUGUUUUAAAAUUUGCUUGUGCUUAAGGAAGUGAAAAUAGCUUUUCCCUUUACAUGCAUAUAAUAAACAACUAUAUUCAAAUAUC